AUGGAGUUGGGUUUGGAGACAGCGCGUUGGGUGAUCGAUAGUUGUGAAGAUUCAAAGUGUAGCAAGCAGAUGCUUCAAAGAGCUCGUGAAAUCAUUGAGACUGGCUCUCUAUUUUCCAUACAUACCUUCAUCGUACAUCGACAGUGCUGUUUGAAAUUCUCUCCUUAUACAGGCGUUGUUUUACUUGAAGAGUGUACGAUUAAAAUUGUUCCAAGAGAAAGCACUGAUGAUAAGAUGUUGGAUAGUCUAUUUUUGAAAAACGCAAUCCAGUCCUACUUGCAUUUUUUACAAUUAAAAUCUGGGGAAACAUACAGUGGGGAACAGCUAUCAAAUGAGAUUUAUAAAUAUAGGGUUUCUAUGAAUAAUAUAUGUAUAGAUGAUCAGCUAAGGAAUUUUGAAAUCCAUAAAUUUCUUCUUGGAGAGCUUAAUCCUUUACUUCAUGUUUACUUAACAAUCAAACGGAGAAAACAUGGUGUUUCAUCUCAUUUAUCAUCGUAUUCUGAAUCUGCUGGAUCGUUUUGUGAAGAUUGGCUACUGAUUUCAUCGCCAUUUUCCGGUGAGGGACAUCUUGCUGCAUCACCACCCGGAAUCUCAUUUUUUAAUAUACCAACUAAAUUCCAUCGAAACAAUGAGAAGGAAAAGAUAAAAUCUGAAGGCAUUGGGAAAGAUAGAAUAGCUGCAUUCAAAACUCAUAACCUCAAGAUGACAUCCUGUGAACAAUUGUUAAUUAAAGACAAGAGCGCCUGCAAGUCAUUUCAUUUACAUUCUGAUUCACGAAUUUAUCAAUUUUUCAAAGUCCGAAAAGAUGUAGAAGUUAGAGAUGAAAAGAUGCUGUUGGGAAAUGAGCAGACGGUCAAGCCACUUGCUGUUGAGAGUCUGCUAUCACCAUCAGCAUCUUCAAUGGAGACUGGAUCUCCAUUGCAAGCAGUUCCGACAUCGCCUGCCUCACGUCGAGAAACCCUGCCACGCCGAAGUCUUAUUGCUUCUGCAUUUCGUUUCAUGUCAACAGCAUCCAAAGCUUUCUCCAAAACAACAGGUCUGCCCCUGAAUUCUAGUCCUGCACCAUUCAACCGCAGUGAAACGAAAUGUGUUGAGGAUCCGUCACUAAAAAGUACCGGAAAUAGGAUCGCCGAAAAAACAACUAGAAAAGGAACGAGAACUCAUAUCUUGCGGAAUGUGCCGAUAGAUGAAAAAGACAGUAAUUCAAAUUACUAUGGAGGUGGUUGUAUUAGGAGAAAUAUGUCUUCAAACAGUGGUUUAUUGUGCAACUUCGAGGAAAGCGCAUUGAAUGGUCGCUUAGAUCUGGUCACGUCUUUAAACGGUUUUCAUUUGCAGAUUGCAGCAAGCGAUGAAACUUGUUCUCCCCAUCUUACGUUGCCAGUUACAACUUUUUUUUUCAACAUGCCUGAAGAUGAAGCGCCUUUACCCUACAUGGGUUUUUGUUCAUUGGAAAACAUGCGUAAAGGUUACAGAAUUCCCAGAAAGGGCAUUUUACAGGCGGUGUUGUUCAAUCCUCAAGGUACUGUGGUACGAAUGUUUGUAGUCAAGUUUGACGUCAGUGAUAUGCCGCCUUCUUCACAAACUUUCUUGCGACAACGUACAUUUUUUAUGCCGGUGGGAUGUACUUAUGAUGGUGUGCUCCGUUCUUGGCUUAAAUAUCUAAUCCAUCUAAGCUUGGCAACAGAUCGUCGUGGUAGAUUAUAUGUUCACACUGAUAUAAAGAUGUUAUUUUCGCAAAAAAACGAGCUGGAAACGUUAAACUUUGAGUUGGGAAAAGACAUAAUUAAAUACCAUCUACAAUCUUUCACGGAAAUGCCUCGAAAUCCGAAAUAUUCACCUCGCAAGGGGAAAGAACAGGUUUGGCUAGAGCCUGGGACUUCGUUGGCUCAGCUUAGAUUUAAUAAGAUGAUGGAAAAAGGAAUGGAUGGUACUGGAGCAAUAACAGGAAUUUCUAUUGAUAGGAUAGAAUCACUGCUUAAUCGUGUCCUGGGGUCAAGCUCUGACUGGUGA